AUGCCGUCCUUCUCCCCCGCGGACACCAUCCGCAUCCUGGUGGCAACGGACAACCAUGUCGGAGCCUUCGAGAAAGAUCCCAUCCGCGGAGACGAUAGCUGGAAGUCCUUUCACGAAGUCAUGUGUCUCGCCAAGGAUCGCGAUGUUGACAUGGUCCUGCUCGCCGGCGACUUGUUCCACGAAAACAACCCUUCCCGCAAGUCGAUGUAUCAGGUGAUGCGCAGCUUACGCAUGAACUGCUAUGGAGAGAAGCCGUGCGAGCUGGAGAUGUUGAGUGAUGGCAGUGAGGUGUUUGCAGGCGCCUUCAACCACGUCAACUACGAAGAUCCCGACAUCAACGUCGCCAUCCCCGUCUUUUCCAUCCACGGUAACCAUGACGAUCCAUCUGGGACCGGCCACUUCGCCGCCCUCGAUCUCCUCCAAAUGUCGGGUCUCGUCAACUACUACGGCCGCACCCCCGAAUCCGACAAUAUCCUCAUCAAGCCCGUCCUGCUCCAGAAAGGCAACACCAAGCUCGCCCUCUACGGCAUGAGCAAUGUACGCGACGAGCGUCUCUUCCGCACCUUUCGCGACGGCCAUGUCAAGUUCUUCAAGCCCGGCACGCAGCAGAAUGACUGGUUCAACAUCAUGAGCGUUCACCAAAACCAUCACGCCCACAGCCCGACCAAUUACCUCCCCGAGGACUAUCUGCCCGACUUCCUCGACCUCGUAGUCUGGGGCCACGAACACGAAUGCAAAAUCGACCCCACCCAAAGCCCUGGCGUUGGAUUCAAAGUCAUGCAGCCCGGAUCUUCGAUCGCCACCUCCAUGGACGAAGGUGAGGGAGUACCCAAGCAUGUGGCCAUUGUCAGCGUGCAUGGCAGAGAUUUCGACGUGGAGAAGAUCCGACUCAAGACGGUGCGACCAUUCCGAUACAAAGAAGUCGUCCUCCAAGACGACAAAGCGAUGAAGAAAGUUGCCUUUGACGACGACAAUGCCCCCAAAGUUCAUGCCUAUCUCACACGCAUCAUCGACCAACUCAUCGAGGAAGCGAAAGCGGAGUGGCUCGAGCUGCAACGAGAAUCCGGCGAAGAGCUGGAUGAAGACACCGAAGCCCCCAAGCCUCUGAUCCGCGUUCGUGUCGAAUAUACCGCUCCGGAAGGUGGGAAUUUCCAGCUGGAGAACCCGCAGCGCUUUUCGAACCGCUUCAGUGAGCGGGUUGCAAAUGUCAAGGACGUGGUCGCCUUCUUCCGCAAACGCACCGCCACUACGAGAGCGACGAAGAGCGAAGUCGAACUACCCGACACUGGGGCUCUGGCUCAAAUGUCGCUCGACCGGGUCAAGGUGGGCAAGCUCGUGGACGAAUACCUUGCGGCGCAGUCACUCUCCAUCCUCCCUCAGAACUUCUUCAGCGAUGCCGUCGGCCAAUACGUAGACAACAACGACUCGAACGCGAUGCGAGAGUUUGUCGCACAAUCCCUCAAGAAGCAAGUGGACGAGCUGGUGGCAGCUGGGGCAGAGGAUGAUGACGCAGCGGAAAUGGAGAUUUCGGACAGGAUGGAGCAGAUCAAGCAGGCGCAGGAGCUGGCGUUUGAGAAGGGGCAGUUGAAGCUACUGAAGAAGCCGGCGAAGAGGCUUCCAAAGCCAAGAGGGUGGGAUAGCGAUGAGGAUGGGCAUUGGGUGGACAACGUCCUCUCGAUCGCCGGUCCUGAGGACGCAGUGGAGGAAGCCGUGUCGGAAGAGGAAGAUGACGAGGCGAACGGCAGCCCCACGCCGAAAGGUAGGGGGACUCGUGGUGGCAGAGGGCGUGGCAGGGGUGGCAAGGCCACGGCAGCGGCGGCGAGAAAGACCGCGGCGGCAAAGAAGGCACCAGCGAAGAAGCCGACCAGUGCGAAAGGCAGACGCAAGCAAGUCUCAGAGGACGAAGAGGAAGAUGACGACGACGUGAUCAUGCUGGACGACGACGAUGACGAUGCGGAAGAAGAAGAAUCGCAAGGUCUCUUCGUCACUCAAAGCAAAGCCGCUCCUGCAAAGUCUCGCGGUGCAAAGGCCCAGCCCGCCAAACCAUCUACUCGCGGUGGAAAGGCGGCAGCAGCCACGGCAAAACAGUCGCAGCUCUCCUUCGCCAGUCAGAGUCAGCGAUCCGGGCCGGCAAAGGCGGUCGGUGGACGUGCUGCUGCUUCGAAGCGUAUGCAGGAACCGAGCGACGAUGAGAUUUCGGAUGACGAUGAUGCGUUUGAGCCUCCCUCUACCAUGGGCCGCAAGAGAUGA